AAGGCUUAUGGCGAAACAUUUAAUGCCUCCAUCGAGACAAAUGUUUUAACAUAGCAGAAAAACUUCGCAGAAGGACAAUGAAAAGCAAUGUUCGCAACAAGCCAAACAGGACACCAUGGAGAUCAUCAAAAGGUACAUACUGGAGAAAAGCCUUUUAAGUGUAAGGUCUGUGACAAGUGCUUCGGCCAAGCGCAAAAUCUUCGCCGUCACAACAGGGUACAUACUGGAGAAAAGCCUUUUAAGUGUAAGGUUUGUGACAAGUCCUUUGGCCGACCUGACACUCUUUGCCUUCACAACAGGGUACAUACUGGAGAAAAGCCUUUUAAGUGCACGGUCUGUGACAAGUGCUUUGGCCUAGCGGGAAAUCUUCGCCGUCACAUCAGGGUACAUACAGGAGAAAAGCCUUUUAAGUGCAAGGUCUGUGACAAGUGCUAUAGCAAAGCGAAAGAUCUUCGCCGUCACAACAUGGUACAUACUGGAGAAAAGCCUUUUAAGUGUACGGUUUAUGACCAGUCGUUUGGCCGAGCUGAGAGCCUUCUUUAUAACAAAGUACAUUUGGGUGAAAAGUUUAGCUGCUGGAUUUGUCAGAAGUUAUUUCGUACUGAGGACGCCCUGCAAAAGCAUUACGAUGAUCACAUGGAAAAAGCAGUUCGUAGAAUCAUCUAGCUUAAGCAGAGAAUUCCGGUUUAGAGACAAUUCCCAAUCUAAAUAGCUGUACCUGAACUGUUGUGUUUAACCUCUUAAAAUUACGUUUUCAAACAUUAGCUCUACACCUUGGCGAACUUGGCUACUUGCAGUAUGCUCAAUCAUUUUUACCUGCUCCUGUGUCAAUUACAGCACUCUUUGUUUUACAAGUCUGAAUGAAGCUUACUCGAGAAAGUGGAAAUUGUAAUCAAAUGAAUGCGUUGUAA